AUGGACUCUUUGGAAAUCGAUGUCUGUUGUGUAUCGAAGGCCCGAAUUCAUGAUCCCAGUAGCGUAAGUCAGCUGAGUGCACUGGGUCUGUCCUCAAGACUCACACAGAUUAAUGAUCAAAUGACAGACAUGGUUAGUGCAAGCGAAACCCAAUCAUUGUCAGCUUCGACGACAAACAGCGCUACCAGCAACACUGCUCUGCUGGUUCCCACAGGUGCUAAUCAGAUGACUGCCGGUCAGCUAAGCCAAUUGCAUACCGCAAAACGUCAUCGCGAGAUCCUGCGAGACUACGCUCAAGAAUUCCGGCAAACAAAAGCGAAGAUAACUGCCAGUCGGGAACGUGAGGAUCUGCUCGGUUCGGUGUAUCGGGAUCUUGCCAAUCGUGAAUCAACCGGUUAUGGAUCCGGUUCAAAAGAACAUCUGACCAGUGGAAAUGGCAGUGGGCAUCAUUUAUCGGCUGCUUCAACUAUCCGUUCGGCUCUGCGUGCGCAACGUGUCGCUUUGCGCAACGCGACCAGCGGUUUGCACUCACUGACUGCUCGUUUUCCGCGAGUCAAACAGCUGAUCGGGAAGAUCGAAUGGCGUCAACGCAAAGAUUCCAUUGUACUCNUGUACUCGGUUUUGUGA